AUGGAAAAGGUCGACCGAGAGUCGUCCUCCGAGAGCGACGCGUUCCUGCUCAAGGACGACAUCCCCUGGCACGGCGCACCUGACGCUCCCCGACGACAGCGCCGCUUCCUCUGGGCCGUCUCCUUUGGAAACGCCGUCCUCCUCCUCAUCUCCGUUCUCCUCCUGCUCACCUCCCUGCACGCCCGGCGCUCCCUCCUCCGCAACGACGACAACGCUCUCCUCAAGCAAAUCGACGCCUACUCCCCCGUCUACGACCAGGUUCACGUCCCCCUCCUCGACACUACCGUCAACGGUACGCUCCUCGACCGCGCCGACUCCAUCUACCGCCGCCCGCCCUCCCCCGAAGUCGACGCCGCCUGGGCCGCCAUCACCCACCAGCUCCCGCACGUCAUCCGCACCGCCGACGUCCUCCGCCUCGGCAAGGACCCGUCCAAGACCGCCCGCUGGCCCGCCGAAUGGGGCUUCGGCGCCGACGCGCACAUUGCCGAGCUCGACCUCGUGCACACCGUGCACUGCCUCGACACCCUCCGGAAAGACAUCCACUGGCGGUACUACUUUGGGGGGAAGUACCCGGAUGGAAGGUUCUCGCGGCUGCACCGCACGCACACGGACCACUGCGUGUACGUGCUCCUGCAGAGCUUGAUGUGCAACGCCAACGGCGAUGUGAUUACGAAUGUCUGGGUGGAGGGGCAGAGGGGGCCGUACCCGGACUUUAGUGUGAAUAAAAAGUGCAGGGACUACGGGGCGCUGAUGGGCUGGCAUGAGAGGACGCAGAUCACGGACAUGGAGCGGUACAGGCAGAUGGAGGCGCCGGAGGGCGCGUUCCGGUGGCGCAUGUCGCAGGACUUUCACGACCUGUUUGAGACGGGGUUGGAGGGCGGGAGCGUCACGGACGAGGAGUUGCUGGAGUAG